GGCCAUUCCUACACUGAAAUAUAAAAAACAGAGUAUAAGCUGCCAGUGUGCCAAUGAUUCCUCACCUGCCAGGACACGUCACCCUGCUGUACAGUUAGAGAUACCAGAAUACAUAGAAGUAUUACUUAACCAUGGCUGAUGCAAGUGGAAAUCAGAAUCUCCAAGAAACAACCCCCAUGUCUGAUGCCCAGAAGAAGCUACAGCGAGCUAUAUAUUUCUUCCGCACCGGAGACCUCACUGUGUGGAAUUAUGUAAUUCUCGCCCUGUCUAUCCUUGGAUUGUGUUUGGGACUAUUUCUUCUGAGUAAGAAUAUUUUAAAUAACAGGAAGAGGAAGUACCAGAUGAACAUGGCUGCUAAGCCACAAGAUGACUCGGAUGGCAAGCAGGCCGUAUUGACCUUGGAGAAAGAUAACCCACCACAAGAGGACUAUCUGCUCAAGAAGGAGAUCCAGACUGGAGACAUCACCGUGCAGUGGAAGGACGGGCAGAUCAGUUCUCUGUACACAAAUCUACCAGAGGAGGAUGUAUAAAAGUAUAGGGACAUAUUUAUUUACAUGCCGGCGGAGAGCACUGGGCAGAAAGUAGCUGGAAAGCAUUGUCAGAAAUCAACCACAGUUAUCCUAUUCACAGUAUCUCCCUUACAGCAUUGAAAGGAUCAGCCUUAGAUUGCACUGCACUGUGUGCAAUAGGAUGUUUCCUUUGGGUAUUUUCACAAUUAAUAGGUCAGUUCCGGCCAGGAGUUUGACUGUUGCUAAUCUGACGCUUAUAGGUUUGAGAACCCAGAGCGCCAUAGCAUAGACCAGACUAGCAUUCACUUUGUAUAUAUUUAUUUCAGUAUGUUCCUGUAGUAUUACAAUUGUAGAACAUGUUGCAUCUGCUGUGAAAAUUAUAUCAUGUGAUCAUGGUAGAGAAACAGGCCCUAUACUACAAAUGCUCAACCUUCUCCCUGCGCUCUGUAAAUUUAAAGUGGAAUUUUAAUAAUUUGUCAGCUGGAACAAGCUGAGAUGUAAACAAUAAAGUCACAUGAUAGUAUUUUUUAAUUA